CAAUUUGUGAACCCAAUCAUCCCGGUUUCUGUUCCGUAAGUCGAGAUGGUUCUGAUCCACUGGUCGCCCUGUUGGCUGGGACGGUGGUCCUUUUCUUUUCUAGGGCUUCCGUCUAACUGGUGCCCUGGCAGAUCUCCCUGAGCCUGACAGCUCCACGUAAUGGAUCGACUAACCCGUCUACCCGUAUCUCGAGAACGCGAUCUGAAGGUAGGAUUUCAUACAAAGACCGCCUUGUCGCUGGGUGCACCAACCCAUCCGUUGCCCAUCUCACCUUUUUUCAUUGAGAACCAAGAGGUUAGAGCCUAGGAUCUACCGAUCUACGGCACUUAUACACGAGCAAUAUGUCUCAGAAACCCAUCUUCGUAGCAACUCAUCCACGAGCUUGCUCCACAGCGUUCGAGAGAGUGUUCAUGACAUGCCGUGACAGUCUCCAAUGCAUCCAUGAGCCGUUCGGCGACGCAUUCUACUUCGGCCCGGAGAGACUGGGGUCAAGAUAUGAAGAUGACGAGGAGGCGAGGCUGGAGAGUGGCUUCAGCAACAGCACAUACAAGACCAUCUUUGACAGGAUCGACAAGGAGGCUGCCGAGGGCAAACGGAUCUUCAUCAAGGACAUCACGCACUACCUGGUCCCUCCCAAUGGAAAACCGGCCAUGAUCGCACCCUCUCUAACGCAACCGCGCCGCGGGAUCGGAACCGACGGCUCGCAUUCGCCCGCGACCGAUUCCUCGGAAUCCGGACCGGGAUCGACCGCGGACUCCACCACGGGAGAUCGCUACCCCUUCCCCACGGAAACCGAGCCGGGGAAUCCCUCCGUCGUGCCCCUGGAGCUCCUGCGCAAGUUCCAAUUCGCCUUCUUAAUCCGCCACCCGCGCUCGAGCAUCCCAUCCUACUACCGGUGCACCGUCCCCCCCCUCGACGAGGUCACCGGGUUCUACAACUUCCUGCCCGAGGAAGCGGGCUACGACGAACUGCGACGAGUCUUCGACUAUCUCAAGGACCAAGGGUUGGUGGGUCCGCGGAUCACCGGCCAAAGUCCGCCGAACGAGGACCCUGACAAGGUGGACAUCGUGAUGAUCGAUGCGGACGACCUGCUCGACAACCCGUCAGGGGUGGUCGAGGCGUUCUGUAAGAGCGUCGGGAUGGAAUACUCCCCCGACAUGCUGAAGUGGGGCGACGAGAUCGACCAACGCGAGUGCCGGGAGAAAUUCGACAAGUGGAAGGGAUUCCACGAGGAUGCCAUCAACAGCACCGAGCUGAAGCCCCGGACCCAUAAGAAGAUACCCAAAUCCGACGAGGCGCUGUUCGCCGAGUGGACGGAGAAAUACGGCGUGCGCGGCGCAACGAUCAUUCGCGAUGCCGUGGCGAAGAAUGUGGCGGAUUAUGAGUACCUCAAGCAGUUUGCGCUGAAGGUUUAA